UAAGAUAGCGUUAAUGUCUGUAUUCCUAAGCUAGCACAUAAACAAAAUUCACAACUUUAUUCGUGUCUAUUUCACAUCGUCCUUACAGUAAUGAACGAAUCCUACUACGUUGAAGGAUCAGCUCAUGAAUAUUAAUUAGUCCCUGCAACCGUUGCUUAGCGACAUCCCGGCAGCGUCCGUCCAGUCACGUGCUUCAUUAGUAUUCAUGAGCCUCGGCUUCAGCAUAGUAGGAUUCAGAAUUCUCCGUCCAUUCACAGAUUGCAACAAUGUAUCCGCUGCUUCGCGAGCAUUAGGGAUGUAAGUCGUGACUGACCAGUUCAGUUCACUCAGCUUUAGUCCUCUCGUGUCUGAAGAUGAAGCUGGGAAGAAGGAAAGAGGACUCUCGUGACGGCUUGCUAUGAGACAGCUUUUUAGAAGAGUAUUUGUUGUCAGAGUCAGAGAUGUCCAGCAGCACUGUGUCUCCAACUGUCGCCUCCACCUCGAGCCUCUCGGCGGACCAGCGGACAGUCAUCGUGGGCGCAUUCUGCUGUCUGGUGUUCUUCUUCAUGAUCGUGGUGCUGCUGUUGAUCCUGUACCGGAAGGUUCCUCUCUGCUGCAAAAUGAGGGUUUAUCAGGAAUCUCGUACUGACAUGGAAGCUCCUCCUCAGUACUACAACAGUCGACAAACUCUAGUCGCUUCAUCUGAUUUUGAGCAAACACACGACACAGGUCACGAUAACGUCAAUCCACAGUCGGGUUCUGUGUUCCUCAUCGGCGUGCCCAGCAGCUACUACCUGUCGUCACCGGAGCAUCCUCAUCCUCGUCUGCCCUCGUACGAGAGUGUGCGCAAGAAAGACAGACAACGGCAGAUCCACAUGAUGAUAGCCGACCGCUUCGGCCUCGGCGGACCUAUUGUGACAGAGCUGCCUCCCACAUACGAGGAAAGCAUUCGUCAGUCCGUCCAGUCCAUUGACAUCCUGUCUCUCGAGGAGCGUCCCGUGACGGUCUGUGAGGCUGGGACAGAUUUACCUGCUUAUGAAGCUCUACCUCCCAUCACAGACUCACAAGAUCCUGUUAAUUAAACACAGAAGAAUGCGCUCCGUCCUCAGUCGGAAAUGAACAGCUGUUGAGCUAUCGUCGCCCAGACAGCUGAUCGCUCAGCCUGAGUGUGUGUGUGUGUGUGUGUGUGGAUACGCUGUGCUUGCAGAAGACACCAACAUAUGAUAAGACUCGACCUAUGCAACUGUUGCAUUAGCAGCACACCUCGAGAGGAGAAAUAUAAUGCA